UUCUACUCACUUUAUUAGCAAAUUUCGUGUGCAGCAGACGAACGGUGGUGCAUUGUUCUAUAGUAACGAAUUUCGGAAUUAAUGUUCGUUUUGUGCUAAUGUAAUCGUAUAUUUUGUUGGAACCGUAAAAUCAAUGUAUUCUGGUACGGACAAGUAGAUUCUAGUUUCCAUUCUCGUGAAAAAUGGUUUCGAUUGAUACUUUGCGCGAGCAGUUCGACGAGCUGGGGAUCGAUCCUUCGGCAGAGGUCGUCGACAAAUGCAUUGAAAUCUGUACCCGUUGCGAUAUCGAAGACGCGACGGAAUUCGUAGAAUCAUGGAUGGCAUUCAGCAUUUCGAAGUUGAGUGGCGCAGCACCCACAGUGGAGAAUCUUCGGGACAUGGAAUCACACGAAUUUGCCAAUAGGACGCGCAAAACAACGGUCCCCUCGGGGGUAACAACUCCAACCGCAUCGAGCCGUGCCAGGCCAAGAGAAGAACUGGAAUCCCCGAGACCUACUGGCGAGAGUUCCCCGGCUGACCUGGUGAUCUACAGCAACAAGGACUUGGACGCGGAGGAAAGCGAAGUGCUCGUGUCGUACGGAUGCGUAACACCUAAGUCACAGAGAUCGGUAUCCAGCUUGCACGGAUCAACUCCCGACCGAAAAGUUGUAUUGUCCCCUGCCAGCUACUCUCCGAUAUCUUCCAAGCGACCACAGGACCAGGAUGAACCGAAUAACUCCGGAAAUGUGGUUUACACCUUCGGCAACGGUCAGCUGCUCAAGCAAAUCAAUUGGUCGUCGACGGACGUUGACCAACGCGUUCCGUUAUCCAUUGAAGUUCCUACCUUCGCCGGUGAUAACCUGGAAGAAGGUGCAUCCGAAGCUGGCGUGGGAGAGUUCAUGAACGACGACUGCCAGUACAUGUUCGACUCCAGCUACCUGCGAACUCUCAUCCUCGGAGAUCGGAUUCACGAAGGCGGCAAGCGAAUUUGCCGCAGGUUGGCCUCUCUUCGACAGGAAGAAGAGAGUGGUCUGCCUCAGCAGCUUGAUGAGGCUGCAGGCGAAGAGCUCCCGGUUCCUAAGCAUGAUAGAGGCGCAAUCCUUGAAAAGAUUGCAAUUCAUCAUGUUGAUUAUCUCUCCACAGAACCGGUACACGUCUUGGGAAGGAUCGUCGUAUAUCCCGAGAAGAAACACGAUCGCGUGUCAAUCGUGGAUUUCGAUGAGCACAAUUUGCGAUGCAUGAAGCUGGACUUUAGCAAGAUGAAGGACUGGUCCGUAUUUCCGGGGGAAACCGUUGUGUUGAAGGGUGCCAAUCCUCGCGGAAAUGCAUUUGAAGUUCAAAAAGUUCACUACGAGAUAAACCUAGAGCUUCCCAAAGCGCCGAUGGAACUCGGAAAGGAACUAAGCAUGGUGAUCGCGUCAGGUCCUUACACUGCUAAGGAUGAUCUCUUGUAUGAAAAGCUAUCGGAUUUGCUGACAUACUGUAAGAACAAUUGUCCCGAUGUAUUGAUCCUGACGGGUCCGUUCGGUGAUAUCAGUAAUCCCUUGUUUAGUACCAUCGCCGAAACCUACGAUGAGUACUUCGAAAAACUGAUCAUCAACAUCAUGAGUUCUGUAUCGACCAACACCGAGGUGUUGAUCGUGUCGCAUCAUGAUGACCUUAUGUCCAUGUUCGUUUACCCUUCCUUGCCGUACCAACUUUACUCAGCAACCUUCCCCAACCUGCGUUUCUUGCCGGACCCCUGCAUUGUUUCGAUCAACGGACUGGAAAUCGGCAUCACAACCGCGGACAUCAUCAAGGAUUUGUCCGAUGAUGAAGAGAGCGGUGGUCCGAAGGGCGAUAUAAUCAAGCGUGCGUUCAACUACAUGUUCCACCACAAAACGUUCUAUCCGUUGAAUCCUCCGUCGGUAAACCUGCCGCUUGAUAUGGACCUGUUGAGCGUAUUCGGCAAUAUUCCGCGGGUACCCAAUAUUAUGAUUUGCCCGGGAGAUCUGAAGUGCUACGUUAAGGAGCUGCACCGAUGUGUUUGUGUCAACCCGCAACACCUUAUGGAUCAGACCAGCGGGGAAGGCACCUUUGCGCGGGUGGUGAUCAAACCACCAACAUCAGAAAAGGCCUUGCCAGCCGAAUAUGUUGUUAUUGAGAUGGUCAAAUCCUGAAUCUCGAGUUAUCCCAGGACGAAAGUACAAAAGAAGCGCUAAGUUUUUAGCGCAUAAGAAUUUUUAGCGCAUUUGUUAUUUUUAUUCUUUUUUUUCGGAUAAACUUCCUUAUCCUUAUUAUUAUUCCUACACGACCAAUAAAGUGAUUAUUUGACCAAACAUUAUUCAGGCUUAUCCUACGCGGCGUGUGAGUCGAGACGAGUCGCUCUCACCUCGGGUUACGUUAAUCAAAUGGGAGCGAGUCGACCAUUGUCACCUCAUUCGACUCGUCUUACCUCACACGACAGCACAUUUCGCUAAAUGAAUAUAAUAAAUAUCUCUAACAGGGUAUGGAAUGUUGUGAUAUGGUUCAAGGUAUGAUUCAACUCCACUAUAAGGUAAAACCUUUUUAUAGGUAUAAGUACAAAAAGAUAAUUGGGUUUAUUCUACGUGUGGCGUGAGGUUAACAAUUGUCGGUGUCAUAUAGUGAGGUGACAAUUCUCGACUCGAGUGAAGUGACUCGCCGUGCAAAUCAAAUGGAGAGUCAUUUCACUCGAGUGGAGAAUUAUUACCUCGCUAUACGAGACCGACAAUUCUCACCACACGCCCCCAGUAGAAUAAACCCAAUUUUAAAGAAAGUUGUCCGAUUUCUAUAAAAUAAACG